GUUAGAUGAUGUAUUCCUACGUUUUAAUAUUCGAGACCUUUAUUUUGAAUUUUGAAUUUGUGUAAUAUUUACUUUGAACACCGAGGUUCAUCAAGAUGUCAAGAAAUGACUCGACAGGUGCGCAUAGUAGGCCUUGCCAACAGCAGACAACGCGAACUAUUUAUAUUUGGGAUUUAGAUGAAACACUUAUAAUAUAUCAGACACUUCUGGAUAAUAGCUUUGCAACCAAGUUUAACAAGAAUGGGAAGGUCGCAGAAUUGCUUGGCUUACGAAUGGAAAAGUUGAUUUUCAAAGUAUCUGAAGAAUAUUUUUUAUUUAAUGAACUCGAGGGUGACAAUGUUGCGCACGUUUCUCUAACUAGCAAACACGACCAUGAAGCGAAUGUAUCAAAUAUUGGGAAACAUUAUGCGGACGUGGAAAAAACGUAUGACAAGUACCGCAAUAACAUGAAAUCACUGCUACAAAAAAGCGAUCACAGAUCUUGGUCAAAACUUCUGACAUACAUGGAUAUACUCACAGAAAGUUGGCGACAUUUGGCAAUAAAAUCUUUGGCAUUGAUACAUGAAAGAUCAUAUGGAAUUAAUAUUCUCGUGACUACGACGCAAUUGGUUCCAACGCUUGCAAAAUUGAUGCUUUAUGGAUUGGCAAAAUAUUUCCCAAUUGAUCAUGUAUACUCUGCAACAGAUAUUGGUAAAAGACGAUGUUUUGAAAAAAUUGUGAAUGCUUUUGGAAAAGAUGCUGAAUACGUUGUAAUUGGUGAUAGAAUUCAUGAUAAACAAGCAGCAGAAGAGAUGCACUUCAAAUUUUGGAAAGUACAAGGACAUCGUGAUUUAAUGAACAUACAUCGACGGAUCAUACAUGAAAAAGGAAACAGCGAGCGAGGGAGGAGCUCAUAACAGAUGAAAUACAACAUAUCAUACUGUUUUUUUUUUUAUAUUUCGAAAUAAUAAAGUUAUUGGGGUGCUUCAAUAAAAUGGAAG